AUGAGUGAGGUGAAUUAUCAGUGCCUUCCGUUACUUUCGGAAAAUCAGUCAAGGGAUUAUCCAAGGGAGUCCGAGAUGUCGUCGUGGGAACAUUUUGGGGAAAUAGCAAAUGUGGCCCAACUGACGGGAAUAGAUGCUGUUAGGCUAAUUGGAAUGAUAGUGAAAGCUGCUAGCACGGCUCGCAUGCACAAGAAGAACUGCAGGAAGUUCGCGCAGCAUCUGAAACUGAUUGGGAAUUUGUUGGAGCAACUCAAGAUUUCGGAGCUCAAAAAGUAUCCAGAAACUCGAGAACCACUGGAGCAGCUUGAGGAUGCAUUGAGGAGGUCUUACAUUUUGGUUAACAGUUGCCAAGACCGAAGUUAUUUCUAUCUACUGGCUAUGGGAUGGAACAUUGUUUACCAGUUCAGGAGGGCUCAGACCGAAAUUGAUCAGUACUUGAAGAUCAUACCUCUCAUAACUCUUGUGGAUAAUGCUCGAGUCAGGGAACGAAUAGAAAUGAUUGAAAGGGACCAACACGAAUAUACAUUGGAUGACGAAGACAGGAAGGUGCAAGAUGUAAUUCUAAAACCUGAUCCCUCACAAAAGGACACCGUUGUGUUAAAGAAAACCCUUUCUUGUUCAUACCCAAACUUGCCCAUUAAUGAGGCUAUAAGAAAGGAAAAUGAGAAGCUUCAGUUAGAACUGCAACGUUCACAAGCUAACUUAGAUGUUAGCCAGUGUGAAGUGAUCCAGCAUUUGCUUGAUGUUACAGAAGCAGUUGCAGCAACUUCUUGUCCGGAUAAAAGUUCACCCACAAAAGAGUCCAAUGUGGAUCAGGGUAAUGUAGAUGGCAAUAGUGAGAAAGGACAUUAUGAUGAUAGCUACACAGAGAGUGAUCAGAAAUUGGCAACUUCGAGAAACACGUCGGUUUCCUCUAGGAAGGAUUUGCUAUCUUCUAAAGGUUCACAUCUCUCCGACGAAUGGCAUUCGGAUUUACUCGGCUGCUGUUCAGAACCUCUUUUGUGCAUAAAAACUAUCUUCUUUCCUUGUGGCACAUUUUCGAAGAUUGCCUCAGUGGCAACUAACAAGCACAUCUCUUCUGCAGAAGCAUGUAACGACUUGAUGGCUUAUUCCUUGAUACUGUCCUGCUGCUGUUAUACAUGUUGUAUCAGAAAGAAGCUUCGCAAAACGCUUAACAUCAAGGGUGGCUUAUUUGAUGACUUUCUCUCCCAUUUGAUGUGCUGUUGCUGUGCCCUCGUCCAAGAAUGGCGAGAAGUGAAGAUUCGUGGAGUUGAAGGUCAUGAGAAGACAAAAACGAGCCCUCCACCUUUCCAGUACAUGGAAUCCUAA